AUGAACUUCGUCGUACCCAAGGGGUCUGCCCGGGGCCGGCGCAAGACAGGCAGCUGGUGGCCCUUUGCCUUGCACGCAGCUCAGAUUCUGCUGGGGCCCUGCCUAGCCGUCAUCUCCUCCAUACAGCCUGAGGCGUCUCUGGCCGUCCAUGGACUGGUGCUUGGGGGCCUGCUGCUGUUCAGCGGCUUCCUGGGACUAUGGGUGCACCUGAACUAUGGGCUCAAGUCCGCCGCAGCCCAGUUUGUCCUGAGCCUGCUCUGGCUGGUCAUAGCCUGGGAGUUCCUGUCCCAGGUGUCGCGCACCAUGAUGGUCGACUGCGCCAUGGCCCAGCUGGAGCUCCAGCAGGAGCGGCUGGCAAUGGACAUGGACGAGGCCAGCGGCCAGAAGAGUGCUGUGCUGGACGUCCUGAAGCUGCGCAUGGCAGCCAUGGACCACACGCUGACAGAGUUCCAGCACGACUCCUCGCUGCUGUCGGGGCCGGAGGCCGCCGACAAGCUGCGGCGCUACCACCUGCUGCACACCUGGCGCCUGUCGGACGCGUCCGACAUCCAGGCCGAGGUGGCGCGCUUCAAGCAGCACGCCCAGCAGGUCCUGCGCCAGCUGACCAGGCAGCGCCGGGAAGGCGACGGGAAGCUGCACGCCCUGAGCCAGAGGGUCAGGGCGGAGCUGAGCGUGGAGGACGCCCAGAUGCUGGAGGCCCACCUGGAGGUGCUCUUCGCCGCCACCGAGGAGACCAUCAGGCGGCUGGAGGCACAUGAGACCGGCAGCGAGGCCCUGACCGCCAAGGAGUACCCGCAGCUGCUCAGCAACCUGGAGCGUGCCAUGGCCGCCACCUCCGGCCUGAUCAGGAAAGUGGAGGAGCGUCUGGGCUCCCAAUCUACCCCCCUGACCCACAAGGACGCGCUGGCGCUGCUGUCUGGGCUGGACCCCGGCGGCGCCGACCCCGGGAACCGGCUGGCGCUGCAGUCCACGCGGGCCAACGCCAAGCGCACCGCCGACGCGCUGCGGCGCCAGGAAGCCGGCUACUCCGACGACCGCAUCCACGACGCUAGCGAGACGGCCCGUGCCUGGCGCCACAAGUGGGAGAAAGCCCUGGCCCUGCCCAGCCUGCACCAGCGCACCGCGGCCUACCUGGAUCGCCUGCCCUCCGCCUGCCAGGGCCAGGUGGGCGCUGGCCGCUUGGCGGUGCGCGUGGCGGGCGGUGCGCUGGCCGUCAACCUGGCGUCCAUGUGGGGCACGCUGGGCGCGCUGCGCAAGGCCACCGCAAUGCUGCAGGGAGGGCACCUGGGCCUGGCCUGA